GAAUGGCCUCGAAACCCGGUUCAGCUCCGACGACGUACUCUCCGAACCUGGCCUGUAAAUCCCGACUGCCCAUUUUCAAAGACUCCGAUGUCGAUUGGGUCCGUCCUGAUGGCCGAGGCUUCCACCAGUGCCGACCCGCCUUUUUUAGGACUGGUGCUGUAAAUGCUGCUGCAGGAUCAGCUUAUGCUGAGUUUGGAAAUACAAAAGUCGUCGUGUCUGUUUUUGGUCCCAGAGAAAGUAAGAAAGCAAUGAUGUAUAGUGAUGUAGGCCGGCUGAAUUGCAGUGUGAGCUAUACAACUUUUGCUACCCCAGUCCGUGGACAGGGAUCAGACCAUAAAGAAUUUUCCUCAAUGCUUCAUAAAGCUUUGGAAGGUGCGAUAAUGUUGGAAACUUUCCCCAAAACAACUGUAGAUGUUUUUGCAUUGGUGUUGGAAUCUGGUGGCAGUGAUAUUCCUGUUGUAACAUCUUGUGCAAGCCUUGCCCUGGCUGAUGCAGGGAUUAUGAUGUAUGACCUCAUUGCUGGAGUUUCAGUGUCAUGUCUUGGUACAAACCUCAUCAUUGAUCCGAUUUUGGAAGAGGAAAGCUGUCAGGAUGGAAACCUAAUGAUUACCUGUAUGCCUUCUCGUUAUGAGAUCACUCAGCUGACUGUUACAGGGGAAUGGUCUGCUGCGAAGAUGAACGAGGCAGUGCAGCUUUGCCUUGAUGCUUGCUCAAAGCUUGUGACAAUAAUGAGGUCAUGUUUGAAAGAGGUUGCUUCUGCUACACAAGAUUAGAAAGCAACUGAGAAUAGUAAUUGUGCCAAUUAAUACAAGUCACCUUUUUUAGCCAUUUACCAUUCCUGGUUUCUUCCCUCUCUCUUCAUCAUAUCUUUUAAGUACGAAUGAUUAUACAGUUUUAUGAGAUUGAUUGGUAUUUGCUGUGAGUUUUUUCCAUCCCUGAAUUUUCCCUGCGUUUCACCAUGCCGCCUAUUCAUUUCCCGGACCCAUUUGUUUCUACCAAGUAAAUUGUUCUGCAUUCCUGGAUCAAUUUAGUUCAGAUUCUCCAUUUUGCAUUUCUUUGUUUAUCUAGGCAUUUAGAUGGUAGGAUCUUACAUUUAUGUAUCUUUUCUCUGUGAAAUGCAGACUUCAUAAAAGGUUGAAGUUUCUUGAA